AUGCUAAAAUUUUUUUGGAAAUCCUUAUUUUCUUUUUAUUCAGCAGUAUCCGCAACAGUAGCACUAAAUCGUCUUGGAUUAGUAAUACCAUCAUCAUCAUCUCCGCAUAUUGACAAGGCGAAAAAAAGUGUGUCUUCUCCAACUGAAAAGCGACGCUCACGUCAACGUCGUACACGACAACGUUUCUCUUCACCUAGUUUAAAUAAAAAACUGAAAUGCAUAACUUGUGAUAAGACUUAUGGGUCCACAUAUACACUUACCCGUCACCAACGUGUUGAAUGCCAGAAGUUACCGAUGCAAGAGUGUGAUUUUUGCCAUAGAUAUUUCUACUAUAGGCGCACACUCAAGAAGCAUGUAGAGAAUUUACAUGAUAUGAAAUUCCAUUGAAGUAAUUCGUAAAUAUGCAUAACUACUUACUCACUCGUCAACUAAUGGAACAUACAUAACUUUUAAAUCUUAUGUUAAGAAAAUAUCCAUCAAGUCUUUG